AAAAAGAACCCUAAAAUAAAUGAGACUGUUCUCUUCUUUCUCUUUCCCUUGUUAAAUCAAAGCUUUGGCCUCCUCCGCUUCAAUUUUGCUUGUUUCCAGAUUUUGGUUUCUUAAAUCAACUCGUAACAGUCGCAGUGUCUAACCCUGGGCGACUCAUAGUCCACAUAUAAUUCGUGUUUCUCCGGGAGCUGGUUCCUUUUUUACAAAUGAUUUCGAAAUACAGAUAUGAUUAUAAUAGUGGUUGUAUCCUUAUACCUGCUUUGUGGUUCUUCUCCAAGGAUGAAUUUAGAGAUGCUAUAUUGCAGCGAGCUCCAAUUGAAAGCUUUGCCCUCAAGACUGUUCAAGAGUUUAUACAACCUCAGAAACAAACAAAGUUGGCUCAAGAUGAAAACCAGAUGCUUGAAAACAUGCUCCGGUCAUUACUACAGGAGCUAGUGGCUGCUGCUGCGCAAUCAGGAGAUGAUCAGAUUAUGCAGUAUGGUCAGUUGAUUGAUGAUGAUCAAAAUAUACAUGGCCAGAUUCCUCAUCUUCUAGAUGUGGUGCUUUAUCUUUGUGAGAAAGAGCAUGUUGAAGGUGGCAUGAUAUUCCAGCUGUUGGAGGAUUUGACGGAAAUGUCUACUAUGAAAAACUGUAAAGAUGUUUUCGGCUAUAUUGAAAGGAAACAAGAUAUAUUGGGCAAGCAAGAGCUUUUUGCGCGCGGAAAACUUGUAAUGUUGAGGACUUGUAACCAACUUCUCCGGCGACUCUCAAAGGCCAAUGACGUGGUAUUCUGUGGAAGAAUCCUCAUGUUCUUGGCUCACUUUUUUCCUUUAUCUGAGCGAUCAGCCGUGAACAUUAAAGGCGUUUUUAAUACAUCUAACGAAACCAAAUAUGAAAAAGAUCCUCCAAAUGGCAUUUCUGUAGAUUUCAACUUCUAUAAGACAUUUUGGAGUUUACAGGAGUAUUUCUGUAAUCCCGCUUCUCUUACUUCUGCAUCUACCAAGUGGCAGAAAUUUUCAUCUAGUUUGGCGGUUGUAUUAAACACCUUUGACGCACAACCACUAAGCGAAGAAGAGGGAGAGGCUAAUAGUUUGGAGGAAGAUGCAGCAACUUUUAAUAUAAAGUACUUAACUAGUAGUAAAUUAAUGGGUUUAGAGUUAAAGGAUUCGAGUUUCCGACGACAUAUUCUUCUCCAGUGCCUCAUACUGUUUGAUUAUCUGAGGGCACCAGGGAAGAACGACAAAGAUCUGCCAUCUGAAACCAUGGAAGAGCUUAAGUCAUGUGAGGAUCGCGUAAAGAAAUUGCUUGAGAUCACUCCGCCUAAAGGAAAAGAAUUCCUCCGUGCAGUUGAGCAUAUAUUGGAGCGCGAAAAGAAUUGGGUCUGGUGGAAACGUGAUGGAUGCCCACCACUUGAAAAGCAACCGAUAGAAAAGAAAUCACCGAAUGCAGGGCAAAAGAAACGGAGGCAAAGAUGGAGAAUGGGGAAUAAAGAACUCUCCCAACUUUGGAGAUGGGCAGAUCAAAAUCCGAAUGCUUUGACUGAUUCUCAACGUGUCCGAACCCCUGCCAUUGCAGACUACUGGAAACCAUUAGCAGAAGAUAUGGACCCGUCAGCUGGCAUCGAAGAUGAGUACCAUCAUAAAAACAACAGAGUUUACUGCUGGAAAGGUCUUAGGUUUGCAGCUCGGCAAGACCUGGAAGGAUUUUCGAGGUUUACUGAUUUUGGAAUCGAAGGAGUUGUCCCUGUUGAACUAUUGCCACCUGAGGUCCGCUCCAAAUAUCAAGCUAAACCGAACGAAAAGGCGAAACGAGCGAAGAAAGAAGAAACCAAAGGUGGAUCUCAGGAAGCAGAGGGAAACCAGAUUGGUGUUUCUAAUAGUGAAGCUGAAGCUGAAGCUGAAGGAGGAAGAGGCGAAGCAGAGGCGAUGGAAAGUGAUGCUAUUGCAGACACACCUACACCUGAGGAACAACAAAGACUCGGUGGUUCUGACACAGACAACGGUCAAGAGGCCGGUCAAAUCGAAGACGCAGAGACAGAAGAAGCUGGUUUGAUGGACGCUGAUCUUGAUCAUCCUCCUAUGCCUGUCUCGUGAGUAAACUUUCAGUUUUUUCAACCCUUUUUUUCAGUGGUGAAUCCUUUGGAUAUGAUGUCACAAUGUGUUGAUGUUUAUCAAACUGAGCAAAGUAUUAUUCUAAAUAUGUUUUGUAUGAGUGCGAUCAUAAAAGCUUAACAUGUUUUUCAUUUCGUUUAAUAAAAAGACAAUUGAUAUA